UCACCCAAUUUUCAAAAGCUCAAACUUCCAUAAAUAUACAUACUCCUAACCAAUAUUUAUUUCAUCACAAGUCACACCUCUUUAACCCCCCCACACACACACUCCAUACUCACGUACUCAAAAAAAUCAACCAACACAACAUGGAAUUGCAAUCAAACCUACUAGCAUUAUUAUUUUCACUUCACAUUUUCUGUCUCAUUUUGAUCAAGGCCAAUGCAAAGGUUCCGGCAAUUAUCGUGUUCGGCGACUCCUCCGUUGACGCCGGGAACAACAACUUUAUUCCGACCGUUGCACGGAGCAAUUUUCAACCGUAUGGACGUGACUUCCUGGGCGGAAAAGCGACCGGAAGAUUCUCGAAUGGGAGAAUACCGACUGAUUUCAUAUCAGAAGCUUUUGGUAUAAAGGAAUAUGUGCCUGCAUACUUGGAUCCUAAGAAUAAUAUUUCAGAUUUUGCAACUGGUGUCAGUUUUGCUUCUGCUGCUACUGGUUAUGAUAAUGCAACUUCAGCUGUACUUGGUGUGAUACCAUUAUGGAAGCAAUUGGAGUACUACAAACAAUACCAAAAGAAUCUAACUGCAUAUCUUGGUGAAGCCAAAGCAAAAGAGAGCAUUUCUGAAUCGUUACACCUUAUGAGUAUGGGAACAAAUGAUUUUCUAGAGAAUUACUAUACCAUGCCUGGUAGGGCAUCACAAUACACAAUUCAACAGUACCAGACUUUUCUCGCUGGAAUCGCAGAGAAUUUCAUAAGGAGUCUCUAUGGUCUUGGAGCUAGGAAGAUUUCCCUAGGAGGGUUACCUCCCAUGGGAUGCUUGCCAUUGGAGAGAACUACUAAUUUUAUGGGUCAGAAUGGUUGUGUUGCAAACUACAAUAACAUAGCACUGGAAUUCAAUGGUAAACUCCAGAAUAUAACUACUAAGCUCAAUCAGGAACUCCCUGGACUGAAGUUGUUGUUUUCAAAUCCAUAUCACAUUAUGUUGCACAUCAUAAAAAAACCUGAACUCUACGGGUUUGAAUCAGCCUCAGUGGCAUGUUGUGCUACUGGAAUGUUCGAGAUGGGUUAUGCGUGCAGCAGGGGCAGCAUGUUCAGUUGUUCUGAUGCUUCCAAAUUUGUGUUUUGGGAUUCUUUUCAUCCCACGGAAAAAACGAAUAGUAUUGUUGCAAAGUAUGUGGUGGAGCAUGUGUUAGCUCAGCUUUUAGAAUAAAUAGUAUUGCCUGUGGAAUUUUAUGUAUUGUAAACUCACCACUUUUAGAUGUUCACCAGUAUGGUUUUCUGCAUGUCGAUGUGUGUGUAUAAAUAUAUGUGUGUGUAAGAAUGUUAAUACAGCACAUCCAUUAUAAAAUGUGCUGAUGUUUAGAAUAAUUAGUCAUUUUGUAUGGACUAAUAUAUAGGUCUCCUUUGUGUAUUCAUCUUCA